UCUCGCGAAACUUUUAUUUUAAGAAGCCCACUUUCGUUCUCUUAUGUGUAUCUCGUGACGUAUUAGCGAAAAAUCGUAAGUUUCAAGAUCGCGGAAUUCUUUUUUCGUGAGUAUUGCUAGUGCUAGUGCUGGCUCGGACAUGGACGAAAAUUUGCCCGCGAAAAGUUGGAAAGAACGUAGAAAUGCUUUUUACGUGAUUCUGAUCGUUAUUUUGGUGAUGCUUCUAUCAGGUGUUAUUGUGAUUUUUAAACUAAGGAAAAUAUAUGGCGAAAACAUCUGCCUCAGCGCUGACUGCGUCAAUUCAUCCGAUUUCUACCAAAACAUCAUCAACAACUCAGUCGACCCUUGCGACAAUUUUUACGAAUUCGCUUGUGGCGGCUUCGAAGGUCCAAUUUCCAUCUUGGAAAUAUCAGAAAAAACAGUUUUGGAUGAAUUCAAAUCGUUCAUAGCAUCACCCAUUCAGAAUGACGAUAGGAGAGCUGUCAAAAUGCAGAAGAAGUACUACACGAAUUGCAUGAAUACUUCAGCGAUUGAAGAAGACGACAAUGCUAGUGUAAAGAAGAUAUUUGAGAAGCUGGGAGGAUGGCCGCUGUUGUCAUUGGAUUUGGCUAUGCCCAUCAACGUGAAGAUUACUGAACAAUGUGCUGAGAUGGGUUUGGUUUAUGACUGGUUCGCUCAGCUUGAUACAAAUAAGAUAUCUGAUUCCAAUUCGAGUCAAAUACUUCGGAUAACACCCCCAGAUAUAGGAGAUUUAGUGGAAGAAGACUACAAAGACAACUACCAACUGCUUAUAGAAAACAUAGUAAAACGUUUGAGUCAAAAGAGACAGUUAGAUUUUAUUUCCAAAGCAGCCAAAAAUAUGGUGGAAUUUGAGAGGUCUCUAGCCAAGAUCAUUUUAGAAUCUGGGAAUACGACAAGAGUAAAGAUCGGCGAAUUAAGAACAGAUUUUCCGUCACUUCCUUGGAAUGGUAUAUUAAAAAAUGUAGACCUGAACGAUAAUGGAACAGUGGAAGCAGAUGUAUGGUAUUUUAUAAAACUGGUAAGGUUAUUGGAACAAUCUAGUAAUAGCGUAAAAGUUAACUACAUUUUUUGGAAAAUAACUCAGUCCCUUCAUCCGUUUUUGUCGCGUGACAUCAGAAGAGAAUUUGAGGCUUACGAGGAUGUAAUAGGAAUAACAAAAGGAAUCAAAAAGCGAUCAAGAAAACGAGCAGACUUUUGCUAUGGUAUCACUCAAACAGUAUUUGCCUACGUAUCGGAAGGUGCCUACGCCAAUAAAUACUCAUCGGAAAGGGAAUCCAUUAGACAAAUCAUCGACAACAUAAAAACCGUUCUACACGACCACAUCAACAGGUCGAUGUGGAUGAAUCACACGCACAAGACCUAUGCCCUCAACAAAUUGCGAAAUGUUAGAGCGUUCAUCGGCGCUCCAGAUGAAGUUUUCGAUGAAAACGAAUUUGAGAAAAUUCUCGGUGUUGAUGAGAUCGACAUUUUAAGAUUGAACAAUACAUUGGAUAUAGUACGAGCAGUGGACAAGAGUCGUGACAGGUACAACUUGAACUUGUCCAAGAAAAAAAUCAACUAUCAUCAAGCCAAAUUGUAUCAAGGGAUCGUUACUAUAGAUGCAAGAUAUAUACCGGAAGAGAAUCUUAUAUACAUUCCUGCAGCAAUAAUAGGAGGAGUACUCGAUUCUCACAAAGGUCUCAACUUCCGAAACUACAGCAUUUUAGGAACAAUCAUUGCUCACGAACUGACUCAUUCCAUGGGGAUUUUGGACAACUUCAUGAACGGAACAAAGGCACAAAGGUGGUCAAAUGAAACAUAUGAUCGGUUUCUACGACAGUCCAAGUGCCUAAUUGACCAAUGUUUACAGUUUAACAAUACGGGAGUAACACUUGAGACUUGCUACAAGACCUUCGAAGAAAACUUCGCAGACUACACAUCGGUGGACGUCUCGUACGAAGCCUUCAGCAAAGUCAAACCGGAAAUAAUCAAUCAGUUACCGGGCCUGAAAUACAAUUUAAACCAAUUGUUCUGGAUCAGCUAUGCAUCUACAUUUUGCGACAGCGAUGACAACUCUACGAGCUUGAAUCGAGCGCAUUUGGAGCCACCUCAAAGGAUAUUGGGCUCCUACAGGAACUCAAAGCAUUUUGCUAAAGAUUUUAACUGUUCGCUAGGAAAAUAUAUGAAUCCUGUUGAGAAAUGUUAUGUGCUUUAAAUGUAUAAUAGUCUGGGCUGAUUAUCGGAGAAUAGGCCAUUUUUGGGAAAAGUUAUUUACCAGCAAUUUUAUUGCUGGAAUCGAACUAUAAGAUCCUAUAUAUUAAUAAUAUAGGUAUGCAAAGUCCUCAGAUAGUGUGCUACUUUUUUUAUAAACAAAAUGGCACCCGAAAAUCGUGUUUUUUUCAAUUAUUGCUCUAGAACUCCGAAGAUUUUAACUUUACAACAAAAACACUCAAAUAAAAAUUCACCGUGAUUAAAUUCUGCAUAGAGACGUGUUUCUCCCGAUCUGCUCCGACGAAAAUUUUCCUCGGAAAUGCGGGUUUUCCCAACAAAAUCUUUAAUUUUCAAAUAAAGUUUUAGAUAAGUAAUUAUUUACCAAUAAUUAAAUAAUUUGGUGACUUAAAAGCCUUCUUGGUUUAGAUUAUAGUUCCAGAAGCUGGUGAAAAUUAAACGAAUAUUUUAGCAACAAUUCAAUUGUUAAUUAAUAAUUUACGGUCGCAAUAAUAACCAAAAUAAUUAUGAUACACUGAUCAAACUUUGAAAUCUUAUAAAGAUGAGAUGCCUAUUUAACAUUUUGUCGACAAAAUAUAAUUUUUUUAUUUUUUUGCAUAAUCUUUAAAUGUUUAAAAAAAUAGCUAUAAACAAAUUAACGUUUCUCAGAAAGUUUUUAUUAUAUUAUAAUUUUAAAAAAUAGCUAAAAUGCGCAUUUCAAAUAUCUUGAAAAUGAAUGCUUUAAAACUUUUUUGCAACCAUUUGCAAAAAAGUUAUGAAACAGCAAAGUAAACAUACGAUUAUUACGGUGUUAAUAAUUUUUUUUAAUUCUUUCAAAGCGUAGAAGUGAGUUUAAAGUACAAGCUAAUUAUUUAUAAAACAAUAUCGAUUAUCAGCUUAAUCGUUAUAUUUUAAUUAAAGAUUAUAAAUAUAUUUUUUUGUAAUUUACACGCGCGAAAGUAGAAUAAUACAGUACCGUAGCUACCAGCCCACAUACACAACUCGCGCGAGUUUAAGCAUGUCAGUCGCUUCGAGUCAACAUUUUAUCUCCGGCUCUGUAUCAAGCCUACUUUCGCGCUAAAAAUUACAAAAAAAAGUAUUUUUAAUCUUUGAUUAAAAUAUAACCAUUGCACUAAUUUUUGACAUUCUUUGUGAGUAAUUAGAUUGACCAUAGACUCACUUUUAAGCUUUGAAACAAUUAAAACAAAUUAUAAACAAUGGAGAUAUCGUAUGUUUAUUUUGCUGUUUCCUAACUUUUUUGCAAAUGGUUGGAAAAAUUUUUUAAAGCAUUCAUUUUCAAGACCUAUGAAAUACGCAUUUUAAGUAUUUUUUAAAAUUAGAAUAAAAUAAACAAUUUCUAAGAAAUGUUAAUUUGUUUAUAACAAUGUUUUUUAAACAUUUAAAGAUUAUGCAAAAAAAAUGAAAAAUUUAUAUUUUGUGGACAAAAUAUUAAAUAGGCAUCACACCUUUAUAAUUUUUCUAAGUUUGAUCAAUGUCUCAUGAUUAUUUUGGUUGUUAUUGCGACUGUAAAUUGUUAAUUAACAAUUGAAUUGUUGCUAAAAUAUUCGUUUCAUUUUAACCGGCUUCUGAAUUUAUAAUCUAUACCAAGAAAGCUUUUAUUUCACCAAGCUAUAUAAUUAUUGAUAAAUAAUUACUGGCCCAAAAAAUUUUUUGUUGGGAAAACCCACAUUUUCCGAGGAAAAUUUUCGUCGGAACAAAUCGGGAAAAACAUGCCUCUAUGUAGAAUUAAAUUGGGGUGAAUUUUUAUUUGAGUAUUUUUGGUGUAAAGUUAAAAUCUUCUUGUCGGCGCCAUUUUGUUUAUAAAAAAAGUAGCACACUAUCUGCGGACUUUGCAUACCUAUAUUAUUAAUAUAUAGGAUCUUAUAAUUCGAUUCCAGCAAUAAAAUUGCUGGUAAAUAACUUUUCCAUGAAUUUUGCUAAUUAGCCCAGAGUAUAAUACAGUUUAAAUGUAACUACAUUGUCUUUAAAAUAAAUCGUAAAGCCUGUAAAAAUUUAUACAGAUUCUUAUUGUCAAGACGCAAGAUGGAGAAACAGACGCAAAGCUCCAAGAUUUAUCAAGUUUUUAGUUCUUCCAUGUCCUCAUAUUGUAUAUAAACAUUAUGUCUGCUCUCUUCCUCUUUCCACUGUUCCAAAACUUAAGAUCCAUUGAGACCUUGAUAAUUCCGAUAUCAAUGUAUUUAUUAUCCACAUGUAAAGUACAUAACUUCUUAAUUUGUUAUUUUUCCAAGCAAUAUUAGAACAUUUUAUUCUAUACAUUCAUCUUAAUGAUUUUCUGUCAUAACAUCAAAGCUUAAUACUUUCUUCCAUUUUAUUCCAAUAUCAUUUUCUCUUUAAUUUGACUUCUCGAAUAACACCUGGUAUUUCAGUACCUAGUAGCUCUUCUGUUUGAGCUGAUUGGCCACUCAGAAAUGUUAGGUACACUUUUGGCCAAACAACGCAUAAACGCCCAAUACUCCACAAGGAGGGAUGGAUCUAGAGUAGCUCUUCCGUAUCCCUUGUGUUACAAUUAAAAAGCCUAUACAAAAAUAUAUUAAUUCACACCUCUACACACCGUUUCGUUUAAAAGCGGCAAUUGAUUAUUUGUAGGUACAGACCAAUAAUAACUACA